AUGUCGUCCCAGAAGCAGGGCCUAGUCCAAACAGUACCUGAUUGGUACACCGUCCCGAAGACCAACGAGGAUCGCGUGGCAGUCGACCAUGUCAAGUUCAUGAACAAGUAUUGGCCGAAUGGCCAGGCUGGUUGGGUCAAGCAGCCCUUCAUCAAGACCUUCCUACCGAGCAAGCGCAUUAUUAAUCAACUUCACAGCAUCACGGUCCUCUGCCUCAAUUUUGGAAUUAACCUGCAGAAACUAUAUGAGUCUGGUGGUUACAUUAGCGAAGCUGUCAAAACUGGAGAGUCACUCACGCAAACGAACUGUAGACAGGUUCUUGAACGUAUCAAAAAUGACAGACGCUUUCAGAGAUCAGCGGAUAGGUCUAUCUUACGCGGAAAAGAGGGUGGCAGGUUUGACAAAGACAUCUGUGGCGUUGACCCUGAGGAAGCCGCCAAAGCCGAGCCUUCUGAUGACUUACCAACUAUUGACAACAUGGCUGCAGAGGUCAAGUUCAAGAGACCUCUGAAAAAUGCCUUAGUCCCCAUGUCAAACAAGCUACGACGAUCCAAGAGGAACAUGCCCGCCCAAGGCUCGAGUGCAGCAGAGUUGUUUGAUCUUCUACAAGAGGGCAGUGACCACGACUCGCAGUUGGCCGCCUCAUCUCUCCAUCCGAAUGAAGACGAGGACAGGGCCAAACAGAAACUAUCGGACCCCACUGCGUGGCUUUGCGAUGAGAGUAUCGACCGGAGUGUCAGGCAAAUUCUGCUUUCCCAGAAUACAUCCAAGUUUUCUUCGCGGCAUCCACUUUGGCUCGAUGUGCAGGGAGUCAAUGACGAGGGAAAAACGCUUCGCGGCAAAUUUCUAAAAGCCUUCAGCAUAGUCUUUGUUCCGGUGAAGACGGCCUUGCCCUUCGAACACUGGUCGCUGGUUGUCAUUUAUCAAGAAAACGGCAGAUGUAUCAAAGCGGAGCAUUACGACAGUCUAGCAGACGCCUAUCGCACCCAGAGCAUCGAAAAGGCGCUUAAGGAGGUGUUAGGAGAUACCAAACUUCUCUUGAUUGAUGAUUUUACACAAAGGGAUGAGUAUAACUGCGGUGUCUUUGUCAUCUUCGCCAUCGAACACUUAGUCAUGGGAAAACAGAUUCCACAAGAUUUGGAUCUUGCCAAAGAAAGGCAGAAAUGGCGGGACAGACUCCCUCCUUCUCCUUAUCUCAACCGCAAGACCUCAUCGUCGCACAAGCUGUCGACCCUGGAGCCCCCGGACCACCAAUCUCUAGUGUCUGGAACCCAUUCUCUAGCGCCCGCGUCAAGCUCUGACAAUUCUCCCCUCAUCAAGGAUGAGAUUCUAGAGCGGAUCCAACAGGUCAAAGAAAGCAUCCAAGGCAAGAAAAAUGCCCGCAGUAAGAUGCAAAAUCGCGAGACUUUUAGAACAGAACUUGGCUCAAAAAUGGCCGACCUUCGUGGAUUAGUCGAAAGUGGCGACUUUUGGACCAGCGAAGAAGAACGGGAGCAGUUUCUGGACGCCCUUGAAGUAGUUUGCAAGCUUAAGGAGAGGUUCGAGCCACAAGUCUUCCGUGGCGAGUCGAAGACACAGGUUGAUCAAGAUAUCAAGAAUCUUAAAGUUCAGAUGAAUGAUCUGCACCAAGAACGUGUCGCAACGAUCCAGAAGAAGGUUCAAGAGGCCGAGGCCAAGGCCCGAGAUUUGGAGCUCACUCUACAGGAGGCCAAAAAGGCACAGGAGGAAGACACCACUGAAAGGGAAGAGGCACAACACGAUGCUGACCAUAGGGCUGCGCAACUUGAGAAAGUCAGCAGGGAUGAUUCAAGUAACGCUGGUGAAUUUGAGGUCCUGAGUAAGGUUCGGGAGGAAGAACCAAAACAUGAAAGACGAUCAUUACGACUUCUUUCCACUAAACGGAAAUCACGACAUUGA